CUUGAGUACAGCCAUAUUAGAUCCAGCAGCCCCUCAAAAUCGAGCUUGGCCGUCGGUCUCUUUGCGGUCCAAAUUCUGGAGUGGCCAGAGCAAGUGGCAAUUACUAACAGUUCCGGCCAUAUUAUUUUUAGCUUCUAUCUCAAUCUGUGCAAGGAUGUCUUUGGUGCAAAAUUUACUGGUCAACAAAUUUAUGACGCGACGAAACGCACCAAUAUGGGGCGAAAUGUGUUGUUUGUAAAUGGAGAGGUAGAUCCAUGGAGUGCACUUAGCAUCACGAAAACUACGAACCGUUUUAAUGUUAUCAGCGUCUCUGGUGCCACUGCUACUACUGCUACAAGUGCUGCGACUACAACUGAUGUAGAUGCAGCGGGAGAUGAAUGCUGGCCAGUGAUAACAGUUAAGGAUAAAUUGUGGUACUACAGUAGCUAUGCAGCUCCACUUUUACUGAUCAUUGGAUCCGCACUCACCUGUGUUUUCUUCAUCUUACUCGGUUGUGUUCUGCUACAACGACUUGCCAGUAUACGCUACUGCCGUCAGCACUGUCAUCGUUCACCGAAUACGGUCGGAAGUUGGCGCUUUCCAGCUGCAGUUCCGGAAAAAACGCCAAUUCCGGAAAGCGCUUUUGUUCCAGAAGCGAUUAGAGUCACUGGCACUACUCCAGUUCAUACUUUGGAAGGAUUUUGA